AUGGGCAUUGAAUUCGGGGAAGGUAUCGAGCGCAACUCUCUCGCAAUGACGAUGGCGCGUGCGCAAUACAUAUGGAGGCAUCGGCCGCGUCCCGCCACGGGAGAUUGCCAGACGGCUACCGAAAUUUGGGUUAGACGCGUUUUUGCGCGGCGCCCGCGCCGCUGCAGCCACGAGGUCGAUGAGCCCCGACCUCCCCCGCGCACCCGCACUCCCCACCCACCGCCACCCCCGCCGACCAGUUCCACCACAAGGUGCACCGCCCGCUGCCAACCCUACAUACCUACCAUCCGCCAGACAAUAAAUAAGUGCAGAGAAUGGGGCGUCUGGAACGUGACGUCCGCUGGUUUAGCGACGCAUGCGCAGUGUUUUGUUUACUUUCGCACU